GGCCCGGCGCUGCCCGCGGCCAUGCAGUCGCGGGUGCUGUGCCUGAGCGGCGGGGCCGGAGCUCCGGCUGCACGCAGGGUCCGCCUGCUCCUGCGGCAGGUGCUGGCCGGCGGACCGGCCGCGGCUCGGCCCGGCCGCCUGGAGGUGCGGUCGCUGCACGGCUCAGGUGAUACAGUCACUAUUGGAGAUGUGUCUUUUAAACUCAAAACACCGAAGAACCCAGAACUUGUUCCACAGAACUACAUGACAGAUUCUUUGGCCCAGUCUGUAGUACAGCAUUUAAGAUGGAUAAUGCAGAAAGAUCUUCUCGGCCAAGAUGUCUUUCUUAUUGGACCUCCUGGGCCCUUGCGACGGUCUAUUGCCAUGCAGUAUCUGGAACUGACAAAGAGAGAGGUUGAAUAUAUUGCACUCUCAAGGGACACCACGGAGACAGACCUCAAACAGCGACGAGAGAUCCGAGAUGGCAGUGCUUUUUAUCUUGAUCAGUGUGCAGUUCGUGCAGCUACAGAAGGACGAAUCCUUGUGUUGGAAGGUUUGGAGAAGGCUGAGCGCAAUGUCCUACCUGUGUUAAACAAUUUGCUGGAGAACAGGGAAAUGCAACUUGAAGAUGGACGUUUUCUCAUGUCUGCAGAACGUUAUGACAAACUUCUGCAGGAUCAUACAAAAUCAGAGUUGGAUGCAUGGAGGAUUGUUCGGGUUAGUGAAGAUUUUCGUGUAAUAGCGUUGGGCCUGCCAGUACCUAAAUACUCUGGUAACCCUUUGGAUCCUCCCCUUCGCUCUAGAUUUCAAGCUAGAGAUAUUUAUCAUCUGCCUUUUAAGGACCAUCUUCAGCUAUUAUAUUCAAUUGGAUCAAACAUCUCUGCAGAGAGAAUUUCUCAGAUCCUGUCUUUUGCUACAACUCUCUGUUCUCAAGAAUCCUCUACACUGGGACUUCCAGAUUUUCCUGUAGACAGCUUAUCUGCUGCAGUUCAGAUUUUGGAUUCAUUUCCUAUGAUGUCAGUCCAGCAUGUUAUUGACCGGCUUUACCCUUAUAAUAUUUUCCUUGGAAAGGAAGGCAGAACUGCAGUCAAGGAUGCACUGAAACGUUUUGAGCUCCAGGACUCAAACAAACAAUUGCGCCCAAAACGGAUUACAAAAGUAGAAAGUGUACCAGGAAACAAACCCUUCAAGGCUGAUGUAACUGUACAGAUUGGUGAAAGUGAAGUGACAUUCCAGGUUCCAGCUGGGACUGGGCUAUUAAAACAGCAUUCUCAAUCAGAUAAAUUUAUAAGAACUUCCAGUCAUGAUCAGCUGUUGGCAGAGAUGAUGCAAUCUCAUAUGGUUAAAGAUAUGUGUUUGAUUGGAGGAAAAGGCUGUGGAAAAACAGUUAUUGCUAAGGAGUUUGCUGAUAUACUAGGAUACAGCAUAGAACCUAUCAUGCUAUAUCAGGACAUGACAGCUAGAGACCUGCUGCAGCAGAGGUAUACUCUUCCUAAUGGGGACACUGCAUGGAGACCAUCACCACUUGUUACUGCGGCCCUGGAAGGAAAACUUGUUAUUCUUGAUGGCAUUCAUCGAAUUAACCCUGGCACUCUAGCUGUAUUGCAAAGGCUAAUACAUGACAGAGAAUUGACCCUCUAUGAUGGCACCAGAUUAUUAAGGGAGGAUAGGUAUCAGAACUUAAAAGAAGAAUUGAAGAUCCCUGAUGAGAAACUGCAGGAAAGGUCUAUCUUUCCUAUCCACCCCUCAUUCAGAAUAGUCGUCCUAGCAGAACCUCCUGUCAUUGGAAGUAGUACCCAACAGUGGCUUGGUCCAGAGUUUCUGACACUGUUUCUCUUUCAUCAUGUUCGAUCUUUAAGUAAGAAUGAAGAAAUCCAAGUUAUUAAAGAAAUGAUUCCAAAUGUACCCAGUGCUGCUGUGGAGCAGCUGUUGUCAUUAACCCACAAGCUUCGGGAGACAAAUGAUACCACAGCACAGUCCCUGGCUUCAUCUUUAUCUACUCGACAGCUAUUGCGAAUUUGUCGUCGACUGUCACAACAUCCAGAUGAAAGCCUUUACUAUGCCGUUAAUAAAGCUUGUCUUUCCAGGUUUUUACCAAACCUUGCCAGAUUGGCUUUGCAUAAAAAUCUGCAGGAUUCUGGUAUUGAAACAAAUCCGGAUAACAUGAAGAAACUAGAGGAGAAGGACUACACUUGUGAAAUAAACAAUGGGAUUCUGAAAAUAGGAUCUGUGACUAUGCCAGUUUAUAACCCAAGUGAGAAAAUGAAAGUGCCUGAUGUUUUGUUUUAUGAAAAUGCUCAACACAUGAUGGUAAUGGAAGAUAUGCUAAAAGACUUCCUGUUGGGAGAACAUCUUCUUUUAGUUGGCAAUCAGGGUGUUGGGAAAAACAAGAUUGUUGACAGAUUCCUUCACCUUUUAAACAGGCCAAGAGAGUAUUUACAGCUGCAUAGGGACACCACUGUACAAAGUCUUACCCUACAGCCUUCUGUUAAAGAUGGUCUUAUUAUAUAUGAAGAUUCACCGCUGGUAAAGGCAGUGAAGUUUGGACAUAUUUUGGUAGUUGAUGAAGCAGACAAAGCACCAACGAAUGUUACCUGUAUCUUGAAAACCUUAGUAGAAAGUGGAGAGAUGGUUUUGUCAGAUGGAAGGCGAAUUGUUGCCAAUCCUGCUCAUGUAGAGGGGAGAGAAAACGUCAUAGCAAUUCAUCCUGAUUUUAGAAUGAUAGUUCUAGCAAAUAGGCCUGGAUUUCCUUUCUUGGGUAAUGACUUUUUUGGCACAUUAGGGGACAUUUUUAGUUGCCAUGCUGUUGAUAAUCCUAAGCCGCAGUCUGAACUGGCUAUGCUUCGACGGUAUGGUCCUGAUGUUCCAGAGCGUAUUCUUCAGAAAUUAGUAGCUGCUUUUGGAGAACUGAGGAGUUUAGCUGACCAAGGAAUUAUUAACUAUCCCUAUUCAACUAGAGAAGUUGUGAAUAUUGUGAAGCAUUUACAGAAAUUCCCAACUGAAGGACUGGCGAAUGUUGUUCGGAAUGUGUUUGACUUCGACUCCUACAACAACGAAAUGCGUGAAAUUUUAACCAGCACUUUGCACAAACAUGGGAUACCUAUUGGAGCAAAACCAACCAAUGUACAGCUGGCCAAGGAACUGCCAUUACCAGAUAAGAAAUUUAUGGGCUACUGGAAAAUCGGUCAGCCAGGGAAUGCACAACAGAAACUGCUGUGUCCCACAGAAACUCAAAAAAUAGAUGUAAAGGGCCCUGCGUACUUAAAUAUUCAAGGAUUUCCACUGGAACGACAUGAAGCCCGGUCCCUCAACUUCACAGAAGAACUUGCUUAUUGGACACUGCCUUUGGAUGAAGUUAACUUUGUUUGUGAUGUCACUGUCACAAAAGAAGAGGAAACUGACAAUGUUCUUUAUGUUACUACCUGCAAUCCUGUUUCCUUGUACUUCAUGAACGUCUCUAGUAAGAAUGGAUACUUUGUGGAUUUGUAUGACAUCUUCCCAAGAACAGUUGGACAUGUCUGGCAGCCUUUUGUGACUGUGGCAGCACUGGGAAAUCCACUCAAAGGUCAAGUGAUUCUGCAUGAGGAGGAGAGCAAUGUUGUGUUGUUGUUGGAUACAAACAGUGGUGCCAUCCGUCGGCUUUUGCUCUCGCCAGAUGCUCAGGAUUCUCCCAGGAGAACACCAUGGUGGAGCAGCAAGGAAGAAACGAGCAGCUACAGAAUGUGCCGAGAGUUUUCACACAAAAACUGGCUGGUGUUCUACAAGGAAAAAGGAAACCGUCUUAUUGUACUCGAUGUAUUAGAGGGCCAAACUCACACCAUCUCACUGCCGAUCAAUCUGGGAUCUGUCUUCCUGGUGGCUGAAGACCGGUGGCUCUUGGUGGAAAGUGAAACCAAUCAGAAAUUUCUUUUAAUGAAGCGUGUCCAUAUGGAGGCUGAAGACAGUGAGGCUUGCCAGCUGUAUGCCUUGAAUGAAGAGCCAGCUGACAUGGGAUUUGGCUUAACAACGGCAUCAGAACUGUGUGUGCCGCACACAGUUGCAAGUGCCCAACUAUCGUCAGAAAACCUCAGUGCAGCUGUGGGACUAAAGAUCAGCUCCCCCAACAGGAUUUUCUCAGAUGAACACAAUUAUGCUACUGUUGUUAUUGGUUUCCCAGACCUCAUGUCUCCCAGUGAAGUGUACAGUUGGAAAAGAAACUCUCCUCUGAGUCGCAAACACGCUUCCCCUUCUGAUUCAUUUUAUUAUGGAGCCCGGAGGAAAAGAGGAGCUGCAAAACAAACCAAUUGUGUAACUUUAUUGGCUUCUAAUCAAAUAGUCAGAAUUUUAGCACCUGGAGAUGUGCCUUUGAAAGACAUUUACCCAAAAGAUGUUGCUCCCCCACAAGCUGCUGGAUACUUGGAAGUAACAGAUCUGAACUCGAAGAAAAUCAAAUACAUUGCUAUUCCUAGCCCAGGUUCUCUCUCUCCGUAUACAUCUUGGCUCUCUAAGAUCUCAGAUGCUGAUGCCCUCUUGGCACCACUGGGCAAAGUAGGCUUGGUUAGUGUGGACAUGGGAGGUGGUGUGAGGCUCUGGGAGACUGGACUCGAAAGCCUGCAGCGUUCUUUGCAGGACUGGAGGAACAUGAUUGGACAAGAGGAUGGUCGGCCUGUGCAGAUAACCAUUCAGAGGGACAGUGGUUUGGACGUCAGUUCCCCCAAACAUGGAAAAGUGGAUCCAGACAACAUGCCUCAUGUUGGUGGAAAUACUUGGGCUGGUGGAACAGGUGGGAGAGACACUGCUGGGUUAGGUGGCAAGGGUGGGCCAUACCGUCUGGAUGCUGGUCAUAAGGUUUACCAGGUAUCUCAAGCUGAAAAGGAUGCUGUUCCUGAGGAAGUUAAGAGAGCUGCUCGAGAGAUGGGUGAAAAGGCCUUUAAACAAAGAUUGAAGGAGAUUCAGAUGAGUGAGUACGAUGCAUCUACUUAUGAAAGAUUCUCUGGAGCAGUACGACGUCAGGUUCAGUCACUCCGCAUCAUCUUAGACAAUCUGCAGGCCAAGGGUAAGGAAAGACAGUGGAUGAGACACCAAGCUGUUGGAGAGCUAGAUGAUGCCAAAAUCAUUGAUGGGUUGACGGGAGAAAAAGCCAUUUAUAAACGACGGGGAGAGCUUGAGCCGCAACCUGGGAGCCCCCAGCAGAAGCCUAAACGCUUGCGCUUAGUGGUGGAUGUUUCUGGAAGCAUGUACCGCUUUAAUGGGGUCGACGGACGACUGGAGCGCUCCAUGGAGGCUGUCUGCAUGGUCUUGGAAGCUUUUGAGAAUUAUGAGCACAAAUUCAAGUAUGAUAUCGUUGGACAUUCAGGAGAUGGCUACAACAUCGCCUUGGUUGAGAGUGGCAAAGUUCCCAAGAACAAUAAGCAAAGAUUAGAGAUUCUUAAGGUCAUGCAUGCUCAUGCUCAGUUCUGCAUGAGUGGAGAUCAUACCUUGGAAGGCACUGAGCACGCCAUUCGGGAAAUCGCCAAGGAAGAUGCUGAUGAGUAUUUUGUUAUCGUCUUGAGUGAUGCGAAUCUGGAGCGAUACGGCAUUGAACCAUCAAAAUUUGCCCAGGUCUUGACCACCAACAGUCAAGUCAAUGCUUUUGCCAUAUUUAUAGGGUCUUUAGGAGACCAGGCAGAUAGGCUGCAGAGGACUCUGCCAGCAGGACGCUCCUUUAUCGCCAUGGAUACCAAAGAGAUCCCUCAGAUUUUACAGCAGAUCUUCACGUCAACCAUGCUGUCAAGUGCCUAGCCAGCACCAGUGCUGGGAAAUCCACUCCUGCUGAAGAUACGAACUCUACAGCUGAGGACUAUCAGCUAUUAAUAAAAUACAUCCUGUUCUGGAAUCAGCAAACCAACCCCGAUCUUCACUACAGCUCCACCAACUUCUUGUGUUCAAGGAACUGCAGUGAGGCUGAAGUAAACCUCGGGCUGGCAACAGAGUGGAUGUUCUUCCAGAGGGACAAAAAAUAAAGUACAGUUUGUGAUCAUUGCUCUGGCUGAUGGGUUGCCAGCACUGCAGCAUCAUCUGGCACGGUUUUACUAACAUGGUUCUCUGGGAUUAGAUAAUAUUAUACAAGGCAGAGCCAGACAAUCUGUUUCAGUGUUUUGUGUGUGUAUGUUUGAAUGGGUAGUUAACCCCAUCUCCAAUUUAAUCAGGGCUGCUCUCAUCAGGAAGGAAACCGUUCCUUCCUCUGCUGUUGCUCUCUUGUCCUGGUGGGCACUGGGGCUUCACCGCUGGAGGCUGGGAACAAUGGGGCAGUUUGCAAACACUGACCGUCACAUGUAAACAUUCAUUAUCUGAUCAGGCACGGUGCUCAGAGAUGUCAGACCUAGAGAAAGUGGCUGCUGAGGAGGAAAAUAAAUGUCUCUUUCAGUUCUGCCUGUGAAAAGAAAGGGGAAGGGCUCAAAACGGUCUUGAGAGCCCACCUGCCAGCAUGUCCAAGGAGGGGGUGACUACUGCAUCUCCCUUGCAUGAUGGAUGACAAAAUCCUAUUUUCCUUUUGCCCAGAGUCCCUGAGAUGGCCUCAGUGUCUGGAGGUGCUUUUGUGAUUGGGAGACAAAAAAUUGUUAGCAUUUUCCUAGAGCUCCUUCAUGAUCUGCAUUGCCUGGGUCUUUUGGAGAUGAAAGUGAAGAACAGAUCUAGGCAUGAAAAAAUAAGUAUUAUUUUUAUAAAGGAAAAAAAAAAAAGCCCUUUUCACUUUAGCAAGAUAUCUGUGUUGGCAUAUAGUUCUUUAAUAUCCGGGAUAGUUGUCAAGAUAUUUUAUAAUUCAGUUGGCUGGUGUUUGGCUUGUCCUAUGAGGUGAUAAUCUCUUUAUAUACUAAAGAACAGAUAUCUUGCAGUGAAUCAAGAACACAGGAAUACCUGAAGAAUUGAAUUUAUCAUUUAACUAAGCUGGGGUUCUAUCGUCUCUGAUAGUCUGCCCAUAUUAGUUUAACUAGAAAAAAGUCAGGGGAAAUGCUCAAAAACAUGAUGGAGGAAUUGCAGUACUUCUCGUAUUUAUUUUAAUCCUAAAGUUACUGAAACUGCAUUGCAAGCAGUGCUUUUGAAGAGUUAAAUGAAUUUGAUUUUGUUAAAUCUAACCAUGGGUGUUUUGAAGGGUCCAGUUUCUGGUGGCCGUUCCCUACCAUGUGCCCUGCAGCAGCCUAUCUGUGUAACCUUAUUAACCUGCGCCCAAGUUUGUGUGCCCCAAGUGUCAUAUCACAGAAUCAUAGAAGCACAGCAUCAAAGAAUGGUUGGGUUGGAAGGGACCUUAAAGCCCAUCCAGUUCCAACCCCCUGCCAUGGGCAGUGCCACCCACCAGCUCAGCUGCCCAGGGCCCCAUCCAACCUGGCCUUGAGUGUCUCCAGGGAUGGGGCACCCUCAGCUUCUCUGGGCAGCUUUACCCUACAUACCCCAAAAUGUCCUGAAAAGGAGGACGUGUGAGGAUAGAAGGCCUUUUUCAGAGGUUUCUGGGAUUGUUAUGGUAAGCAUAUACAUGAGAACAAAGAGGUUAAAGACGUAAUUCCUGUUUGCAGGGAGUUGGGAGGGGAGUGCUGGGUUGAUCCUGGUUGGGACAAAUGCACACACAUAGACACGCUCACGUACACACAGACAUGGCUGCUUAGGGGAAGCACACAUCCAAACAUAAAUAUCCUGGUCCCGUAAACACAGCCUGAGAUACUACAUGCAAUAAAGAGCUGCAUUAGGAAUCCUGUUAGUAAACAUGUUUAUAGUGGAAAUUCCUUUAGCACUUCUGCUUUUAGUGCCUUCAGACAGGAAGCAUUGCAGGGCAGUGACGAGCACAUGUGCUGUACACCUCCUCUGUUACAGUUAGCAUUAUCAUAAAGACUGACGUUGUUUCAGGGAAGCUCUACAGUAAAUUCCAUUUGUUUGGGUAACCCUGUAGAUCACUUUUAGUGUCACAUUAUUUAGGCCAUCUUUCAAAGCUUUGGCUUUAUUCUUAGUUUCGGGACAUUCUGUUGUGUUUCGUUUCACAUUUCACAGGUCCACAGGAUGUGGCCAUGGGGCAAGCACUGUAGAGAGCUGGGGGCAGUGGGAGAGCAACUUUUGGUGCUUUCUGAGGGGAGAAGGGGUGAAUGAUCACUUAACACUUAUUGCAGGCCGUGUUUGACCUGAGAGCAGCUCUCUGAGUUGUUCCAAUUCAAUGGGAGAUUUCCCUGGGGUAAGCAACUCUUACCUGAUCUAGUGAGGUAUUGAAGUGUUCAAGAGAUGUGUAGAUGUGGCACUGAGGGACAUGGUUAGCGGGCAUGGUGAUGAUGGGCUGAUGGUCGGACUAGCUGAUCUUAGUGGUUUUUUCCAAUUGUAAUGAUGAUUCUAUGAUUCCAGUGCCUGUCACACAGGCAGAAGCCUCAGCAGCAGUGGGCCCCUUGGAUUGGCCGUGUGACUCACUGCUCAGCUUACAGGAACAUCCAGCCAACACUGUCCUUUCAUGGCCCUGAGACCCAGCAGUGCUUUUUAAUAUGCAUUUAUUUGUUCAAUAGUGACAUACUUAGGAAUAAUGUGGUGCCAGUGAAUUCUCACUGCAGUGCAGGCACCAGUGCUGUUUCCUUUGUUGGUAUAUAGAGAUGUUUUCCAUCUCUCACUGUUUAUCACAGCGCUUUUGUGCUAAUCUAGUUCUACUGUGUGAACAGGACUGAUUGGAGAGGGUCCUGACCUGUCACUACUGCCUUCAGUGCUCCAGUCAAAUCAUUAAUAACUUUAACUACCUCUCGUAAUGCAAAUUUUUAUCUAGUUCUAUCUAUGCAUGUCAUGUUUAUUCUUACUAAAUAUUCAUUCAGUAGGAGUAUACAGUCAUUUAGGAUUACUGUUUAACCCAGGUGCAGAUAGGCCUGGGCCUAUUCUCUCAUGUGACUAGUGAUAGGACUAGAGGGAAUGGCUUCAAGCUGCGCCAGGGAAGGUUCAGGCUGGACAUUAGGAAAUAAUACUUCUCUGAAAGGGUGGUCAGGCACUGGGAUGGGCUGCCCAGAGAGGUGGUGGAGUCACCGACCCUGGAGGUGUUCAAGGAACGUUUGGACGUUGUGUUGAGGGACAUGGUUUAGUGAGAACUAUUGGUGAUGGGUGAAUGGUUGGACUAGAUGAUCCUGUGGGUCUUUUGCAACCUUGGUGAUUCUAUGAAAUAUAUAUUUUUCACCCAGAGUUGUGGUGACGCACUGGAACAAGUUGCCCAAGGAGGUUGUGGAUGCCCCAUCCCUGGAGCCAUUCAAGGCCAGGCUGGAUGUGGCUCUGGGCAGCCUGGUCUGGUGGUUGGUGACCCUGCACAUAGCAGGGGGGUUGAAACUGGAUGAUCGUUGUGGUCCUUUUCAACCCAGGCCAUUCUAUGAUUCUAUGAUUCUAUGAUAUAUAUACAUAACUACAUUACAGAUAUAUACAUAUCUCUCUCUAUAUAUACAGCCCAGGCAGAUAUGCUUCCAGUCAGAGCCAGGAACAUCCUCCAUGUAAGAAGGUGAGCAGCCUGAGGUGCCUCUGUGUGGAUACAGGGUGUGAGCAGAGACGUGGGAGGGAUGGAUGCUUGGGCUCCAGCAGUCGCUGCUUGUUCCCCCGUUGUUCUUUUUGCAGACAUCAACUGUCAAGCACGGUUAUGGCUGUCAUGAUAAAAUUAAGAGUAAAGGUCGUAAUUGCUGACGAAAUACACUGAUGUGGUAUUCAAGCAAAUGGACAACAUGAGAUUUAGAUACUGUAUUUAAAAAAUUGAAACCAACCUGAUGCCCUGCUGGGAGUACAGGUGAGAGACACAAAAAAGCCAGAGCUCUUCUUCUAUAAAGUCUUCAUUUUUAUUAAUGAUUAUAAAACAAUUAGUGAAAAUGGUUCAGACAACAAGAAAAAGAACCUUGCAGUUGCGCUGUGUGGACUAUUGCACAUUAUUGUGUUGAUUAAUGAAUAACAUGCCCACAGAAGUGAGAAUGUACAAGCUACUGACUGAAAAAUAAAUAAAUUAUUAAUAAUUUAUAAAUAAUUAAUAAAUAAAUAUAUAAAUAAUAAAAUUUUAACUGUGGACUGAA